AUGUCAACAUACCGCCCAGCGGAGUUGAGCGAUCUCCCUCAGAUCCGUGCUAUCAAUGCGCACUAUAUUACCAACACGUCUCUGACAUUCAUGACAACCCCACCUCCACUGGAAACAUAUAUUGCAAAAUGGCAUGAUCUCAAAAGCCGCGGACUUCCAUUUCUAGUUGCGGUGCAGGAAACGCAAACGAAAAGCGAUAAAACGGUGAUCAUUCUCGGAUAUGCGUCGUUCUCGUCUUUUCGGGGACAUCUUCUUUCAUAUGGACCGACUGUUGAACUGAGUCUCUUCGUUCACCCGGACUAUCAGUCUCGUUCGAUCGGUUCUGCUCUGUUGGAUAGUUUGCUCGACAUGAUCAGAUGUAAGACAGUGCAUCAUAAAGUUGAAGAGGCUCUUCUUGAUGAAUCUGGGAAUGUUGACUUGAAUGGGGGAGAGGCUAUUGUGGUUCGGAAUGUCAUGGCGGUUAUGGCGGUUGAUCCGGAAGGUAAAGACGGAGGGGAGGCAUUGAGAAGGUGGUACUGUGAACGUGGAUUUGUGGAAAAGGGCAGACUAGAGAAGGUUGGGUUUAAAAGAGGUUAUUGGAUUGAUACCAUUUAUUUGCAAUUUUCUACUUUGACCUAA